UAGAAUUUGAGGAGCUUCAUUCAUUGGUAUCUUCAACCAGUUAAAUAGUUUCACAGCAAGCAAUCAUAUUCUACGACUCAGCAAUUUAUUCUCCGAUCAGCAGAUUGACGCAGAUCAGCCAUUGUUGAAUCAACUUGCUCCGCGAAUCGCCUGAUUGCCAACUUCGUCCCGAAUCAGACGUCUCGACAGAUUUUUGGAAUGGCUCUUGUCACGGUCUCUCUUCCAACCAUCCAGGCCGUCUCCGCGCCCAGCCAGGAGCUAGCAGGCCAUGGGAAGAGUGAGCUCCUUAGCUCUGUGAACAGAGUAACGCUUGCCGCUCCCUCGAGAGGAGUGAUUACGAUGAAGAACCCUCAUGAGGGUAAGGGAGUUUUUGCUCCGAUAGUGGUAGUCGCUAAGAACGUCAUCGGCCAAAAGCAGUUCAACCAACUCCGAGGAAAAGGCAUCGCCCUCCACUCGCAAGUAAUUACUGAGUUCUGCAAGUCCGUCGGAGCACCUGCUCAACAGCGUCAGGGUCUGAUCAGGCUGGCGAAGAAGAAUGGCGAGAAGCUGGGCUUCCUGGCCUAAAUAAACUAGCGACUUGAGUCUCGCUAAGGUUCUAGAUUGUAGCCCUAGGCCUCCACCUAUUGGUGGACUUGUAUAGACCAACCUACGGGUUUGUUAUGAUCAUAGCGAUGUCGGAAGUUUCCCAUACUGUUCGUACAUCACUAUUCGCGCUCCCCUCGUGCUGUUAUUCCCUCUUCCCCUCUUCCCUGCACUAGGGCUGACUUUAUCAGACUAUUUACUCUGAUUAGUCUGAAAUCUCAGACCUGUUUUUUGGCCAAACCUUAAUUUCCAGAUAAGGCAUUUUCCCAAUCCUGAUCCCUUCAGAGCCUCUGGAUAGGAUUUGGAGUAGUUUUUCAUGUAAGGGUAUGAAUCCUCGACCACUUUUUCUGUAAGGGUGUUUUUUUUUUCGACUUUGUUUUAUAAGGGUGCUAAAAAAAACUGCUUUUCCAC